AUGCUGGAGUCUCGAAAACAACGGUUGCAACUGCAAAGGUGCAUCAAAGGAAAAUUACAAAUUCCAGUAGAAGAUGAGCACAGUCCUCAAGGAUAUGACGACGAUGUGUAUUUGAAACCAAAGCUUCAGACAGUAGUGCAAGUUUCUAUGAAAGAUGAGCACAAGAAUAUGACCAGUACUCAAGAAUAUAACGACUACAUGAAUUUGAAACCAAGCACGGACAUCAAUAAAAAAAACACGACAGCAACAUCACAUGACGUUGGAAUGGCACCAAAUAACGGAAAAUCCCGAACUAUCGAGGCAUCCCAGGAAUUGGAAUUACCAACUCCGUCCAUGAAUAGCCGGCCUGAAGAACUCCAGGCUUUGGAUUGUUCCGAAGCUGAAAUGAAAGAAGCAUUGUCGCGCAUGACUUUUUUUGACUUUGCGGAAAUAGAUACACUCCCAGAAGUUCCUAUGAAGAGCAAAUCGCGUAAACUUCCGGUAAAGGAGCAGCCAGAAAAGAAACACCUAUCGGUGGACAUCAAUGGCAGAACCAAGGCAGCAACAUUGCCUGGUGUUGGAGUGGCACAAAAUAGCGGAAAAAUUCGAUCCAAAGAGACAUCCCAGGGACGAAAAUCAUCAAAUCCAUUCACGGAUAAUGGGUCUAAAAACUCGAAAACUCUGGAUAGCGUCAGAAACGCGAUGAGAGCAGCAGUGUCACGUAUGACGCUUAAGAAAGCGAAGAAAGCAGAAAAACUUCAAAAGAAAGUCGAGGAAAGAAAAUCGCAUGAAGUUGCGGUGAAGCCAUUUCAACAUACGGUAAUUGCUUUAUUAUAUUGUUUUUCCCCCAGGGUUCACAUAGCUGCGGGGAGACACAAAUAUGCCAGUGAUUUGGAACUAGGGGGAUUCCGGACUGCGAUAACGGUACGGAACUUUUACACACACCACUGUUUUUUUCGUCCAAUAUCCCACAGAGGUAACCGAAAAUCAAACACGGUGAUAAUUGUUUCAUUGAUUUACAAAAGACCAGGUGGGACUGGGCCGCGUUUUAGUAAUUGCUUGGAGAAGCUGGUUCGUGAGUUCAUUUGA